AUGAAACAGAAUUUAGCUCUCAAUAUACCAACAGCGGCAACAAAAUUACUUAACCACCAACAUCAACUUCAAUACCAAUCCAUCAUAAAAAACAAGAGCGAACGUUUCGAAGAACGACGAUCAACUGCAACCAUUCAAGAACAGAAUCAGAGAGACUAUGUACCAUCAUUACGCCCGUCACCAAACGAAUACCAACCACAACAAUUUCCCACUCCCACAUCACAGUCGCCCUCAUCAAAUUCGCCACAGUCGAACACGCAAACGCUUACGCAAGAACAGACAUCAUUUCCGUCCUCGGAUCCGAAUCUUCAAUAUUCCCUUCCUCCACCUCACUCCUCCAAAUCCAACGAUGGUUGUUUAACAACAACAGGACACGAAUUUUUGUCACCAAAUUUAUAUAAAUUAACUCUUCAGCUUACAACAGAAUUGGCGAUUAGUAAAUGGUGGGACAAUGUAGUGGACAUAUUCACGUCCUCGUACCGGGCUUCUCAUCUAACCCUUUCUGUUCCCCACGAUCUCACUGACACUGUUAAUACACCCUGGGGAAUCAAAGCAAUGGACAACAGAGAUCAGUAUCUCAGUAGUGGCAGCUGUUUGUCGAGCUCGAUUGACAAUAACCAUAUUGUUUUCGACAAAUUGCAGAGUUUUGAUUGCGACACGGAGCAGUUAAUUGAUAACAAGAAGAUACUGUAUAUAGUUCAAGGAGGACGCAUAGUAGUGGUAUCAAGAGAAUACAGGAAAACAGGAGAUGAGCGACCAGAAAGACGCCUGUGGCCGUCUUCAACGCCGGAUACUCCUCUAACUGUGGGUGAGGCAACAUCAUAUUUUACGCAGAAAAAAGAGAGUUCAUCUUCAGCUCCCAAUAAUAUCCCAAACACACCGCUACUGAACGAUCUCGAGGAAGGCAACCUUGGAAAUCGUCUACGCUACAGAGACUCUAUGCCGUAUUACAUGGCGAGCGCCAACUGUGAAUACUACGAAUACGAGCAGCAACAACCCUCCCCAUGGUCGCAAAGCCCCACCCCUUCUCCGGCUAUGACUGAUUCAAACGUUAAUCCUUUUUUUCAGACAAUACCAGAGAUUGAUGAUAGUGCAUUUAACCCGAAUUCUGAAUUUUCGUCAAGCUAUUCGUCGGUCAAAUUUGACUAUUCUGUUAAUUCUAGCCACGCUUGUUCUAUAAUACAUAUUCCGCUGAUACAUCCGACGACAGCUCGAAACGUCCUCCCUUCGACGACUCGCCAAAAUCCUAUCCCGAUAGCAAUACUAUCAUUUAUGUCUUCAGUCGUCCCGUAUCCGCCAAACAUUGUGGCUUCCCUACAGUCAGUAGCGCCAUUUUUGGCUACUACUAUGUCGAUGGCAUCGAUACAUCAGCAGAGUAUCAAUCAGUUGAUGUAUUUUGAUCACGCUCGAAGCAUGUCGACGAAGCGUAGACGUUAUAGACGGAACGGAAAAAGAUUGGGAAGAAUAGAAGAUAAAAUAACGGUUAACGGCGAUGAUAACUAUGUAUUCUCGGAUGUAUCAACAGAUGAUGGAGAAGUGUCUUGGGAGUCUGAUAUCGAAAGUGUAGCCAGCAGUUUCAAACCUGAGCAUGCUGCAUCAUUCCCCACUUCUAGCUAUUAUUUGAUUAAUCCGGAUAAAAAGUUUUAUGUUAACGGUUGUCAUUCGGAUGAGUCUUGGCAAGGAGUAAAGAAACAAGGGGUAGUGAAAAAUGGUCAGAUAGCACAAAGUCCGCAGGCAUACCAAACUCAAGUCCGUCCGCAUGUCUUAACCGAAUCCGAAGACGAAUUUCAUCCGGCCCACGAAGAACCUCUCACACCCGAGACUCCAGUUGCGUCUCGUCCAAUUAACGUGUCCACAUCUAUGGAUCAUGCACGCACGGACGAAAAGAGAAAGCCUCGGAGGUCAUCCAAGGGGAGUUUUGCCGGGUCGAGAAGGUCUUCUAAAGACGAAAUGCAAAGGGUAGUUGUGCCAACAGCAGACAUGUAUCGGAUGAUAUUAGAUGACAUGCCCAAUGUUGCAUUCACCUUCUCUAGAACGAAUGGUGAUUGCACUUGGGUAAACGCCCGCUUCACUCAAUAUACCAGUCUCCCUGUUCAAGACCUGCUCGGCAACAAUUGGCUGCGGUGUAUUCACAAAGACGAUCAACAAAGAGUAUGGGAUUCCUGGCGCGCCGCAUUCAAUCGUGGCGAAAGUUAUUCUGAUCAAUACCGUAUUCGCCGAUUUGACGGACAUUAUCGCUGGUUCCUUGGUCGUGCCCGCCCUAUUCGUGAUGCCCGGGGUGUCAUCAUUCAUUGGCUUGGUACAUCCACAGAUGUUCAUGAUCAAAAAGUAGCUGAAGAGCAACAGUUAACUCGUCGGCAUAUCGAAGCUAAUGAAAAGAAGUAUAGGAUGCUGGCUGAGGCCAUACCGCAGAUUGUUUUCACUGCGACGCCAAAGGAUGGCAUUUUGUAUGUAAAUAACAAGUGGACGGAUUAUUCGGGAAUGAAUUACGAACAGACUAAGGGACUUGGAUUUUUGAGUAUGGUGCACCCAGAAGAUCGUGACAAAUGUGUUCUACCACAGGACAAUAAUCAGGAAGGUGGACAUGGGGAAAUAUACACCAGAGAAGUUAGGUUGCAAGCAAAGGAUGAGUCGUACAGAUGGUUCUUGGUAAAAUGUAUAAGUGUCGAAUCUUCAGAGCAGGGCAGAAAGUGGUUUGGAACUUGUACGGACAUUAACGAACACAAAAUAAUGGAACAACAACUAACGGCUGCUCACGACGCAGCUCAACGUCUUACGGAGAGCAAAACGCGGUUUCUCUCUAACAUGUCGCAUGGCAAGUAUAAAAUUUAUGAAGAGAGAUUAAUUCGAACACCAUUAAUUGGUAUAACGGGUACAAUAAGUUUUAUGCUCGCUACAAACAUGACGGAUGAACAGCUCGAUUAUGCCUACACAAUUCAACAAUCAGCUGACGCCUUACUCAUGGUUAUCAACGAUAUCCUCGACUUGAGUAAAGUGGAAGCAGGGAUGAUGAAAUUGGCAUAUGAACCGUUUUCCAUUCAUACGAUGCUGGAAGACACAAAUGAACUCUUGUCAAAUUUGGCUAUACAAAAAGGCUUGGAAUUAAGUUUUAUCAUUGAGGACGAUGUGCCAGAUGUCGUUUGUGGAGAUCGGACAAGGUUGAGGCAAGUGCUGCUAAAUCUUGUCGGGAACGCUAUAAAGUUUACGACGGCUGGUGAAAUCUUUUCCAGAUGCUCAGUGAAAUCUAUCGAUCCUGAUGAGAACACAAUAAUGCUUUUAUUUGCAGUAGUCGACACUGGUGAAGGCUUCGACCAACAGGAAGAAGCGCUCAUAUUCAAGCCGUAUUCUCAGGCGGACUCAUCCUCGACAAGGAAGCACGGCGGAAGCGGUCUCGGACUUGUUAUAUCGCGCCAAUUGAUUGAACUACAUGGCGGCAGUAUGUCCUGUGUCAGCAAGAAAGGUGUUGGCUCGACCUUUUACUUCUCGGCUCGGUUUUCGAUACCGUCGAAAGAGACAGUCCCGAAUCCACCGACACCAACUGGCGAAGUGUCAAAUUCGCCCUUCUUUAGAUAUAGCAAAGCAGAAGUUGCUUUGGCGAAUAAGAGAUCAGGAGGAGGAAAUGAUGGCGUGUGCGAGCCUGAUCAAAUGGCGUCAACUAUUAGUUCUAGUUCUGCAAAGAGCUCAGACCCGUCCGACGUAAGCAAUAAUGCUACAACACUAAAGGCGUUACCUCCUCGUCUAAUAGUGCCCACACAAUCAUCGGAGCCUCCACGUAACAUAUGCGUUUUCGUAGUUGCCGACCUCUUGUAUUCGCGGGAAACCAUUGAAUAUUAUGUUCGUUCGGUAUUGAAGAAAAAUGCCUCUUCAGAAAUAGACGUUUUCACGACUUUUGCCGAAGCUAACAGAAUACUGGCAUCUCCAAACAUAAAACGAUAUACUCAUAUCUUAAUUAGCCUCUCAUCGCAAGCGCAAAUAAUUACUCUCGCUUCAAUAGUGAAGAAUUCACCCAAUAUCUCCUCUGCCGACUGUAUCAUCUUUACUAGUCCAUUCCAACGAAUUGGCAUUCUUGAAGGCGCAGACAAAGGAGAAUUACCGAACAGAGUUGAUUUCAUAUAUAAACCCGUCAAUAAGAGCAAGAUGGCGUGUUUGUUUAACAGUUCUGCCGCAUUGAGAAAUAAUUCCAUGAAAAGAAGGAAUACGAAUAGAAUUGUUACGUCGCAUAAAGAAUUGUUUAAGAGUAUGAUAGAUGAUGUUGGUGGGAAGGGAUACAAAAUAUUGCUUGCAGAGGAUGAUCCCGUUAAUCAAAGAGUUAUGAUAAAGUAUCUGAAGAAAGUAGGUCUUGAUGUUACCGUUGCGGCUAACGGAAUUCAAUGCCUGAGCGAGUUUUUUUCACAUUCCCAUGAUUAUUUUAGUCUGAUAUUGUGUGAUCUGUUUAUGCCCCUUAAAGAUGGUUAUGGGACAACGGAGGAAAUCCGUAAAUGGGAAUCCGAGAAUCUCAAGCCUGGGAGUGAGCUUCCGAUUCCGAUAAUAGCACUCUCUGCGAAUGUGAUGACAGACGUUGCUGAAAGAUGCCUAGAAGCGGGAUUCACCGCGUAUGUGAGCAAACCGGUCAACUUUGCCGCUCUCAGUGAUGUUAUCAGAAGAGUUCUCAGGGAUUCUGACCAGGCUAAAUCGAGAAUAUCCUGA